UGGGAGAAAGCUUGAUGCUCUCUGGUUCUAGACAGUGAACUAUUGAAAGGAGAGUUUAGCUCUGUCUGAUUUUACAAUGCCAGUUCCCCUUGCGCCAUAUCCCACACCUCCAGCACCCUACACUCCUCCUGCUGCCAAUGGGUAUGGCUUUGGCAUUAAGAUACACAGGUUGUUAUGGAUGUAAAGUACCAAUAUUACAAGUCUAGUUUGGCUUCUAAAAAGCUUGGCCUCAUCAACAAAUUGGUCAAAGACAGGAGAAUUUAUGAAUUAAGUCAUUAACCUUUCUGCAUCUACAAAAGUUACUGUAUUUCUACUCUCUUUUUUUUUUUUUUUACCUUCCAUUGACAACUGAUCUAGUGGCCAAACCUAUGCUAACCAGGUGCUCAAAGCCAACUUGUGUGUUCCGGUUGUCGAAAUUUAUUGCUCUAUCCAGUUGGAGCAACCUCUGUGUGUUGUGCUGUUUGCAAUGCAGUAACAGCAGUGCCGCCUCCCGGCACAGAAAUGGCACAGUUGGUUUGCGGAGGCUGUCAUACCUUAUUAAUGUACAUCCGCGGAGCAACAAGCGUUCAAUGUUCGUGUUGUCACACUGUCAAUCUGGCCUUGGAAGCAAAUCAGGUGGCACAUGUAAAUUGUGGGAACUGCAGGAUGUUACUAAUGUACCAGUAUGGAGCGAGAUCCGUAAAAUGUGCAGUUUGCAAUUUUGUGACAUCAGUUGGGGGCUCAGCUAGUGCUGCUGAACAGAAGUUCAACAGCUGAGACUAUAUUAGACCCCAAGUCAAAUAUUAAAAGCAACAAGUUUGCUUUGCACGUUAUAAAUAUUUUCCACCGAGGUUGCGUCCCAUCGGCAAAUGGAGGAAACUCCUCCUCCUCGCUUUGUAUUGAGUUAUUUUUCCUUGCGUGACAUAUGAAAUAAGCGGUUUUGGGUAGCUGGUUGGAUGCAUUAUAAGUAAUUCCAUCAGAGAAGACGUUUUUUAACAGUUUGAACAAUCGGUUAUCUUCCGAGUCCAGAUAAGAUAAACUUUGUUUUCUUUUGAUUUGCUAUGAAUAUGAGUGGCAAUAAAUACAGGGCAUAAAGUUCAUCUCUGAUA